CCUGUUAAUAACAUAAUGUCUGGACUUUCAUUGCUGUUGUGCGUGAUGUCCAUUGUCCUACCGAUGGUGCUGGAGAUAUAUGCCCAGUCAUCCCCGCAGGGAAUCCAGGACUUUUCCUUUGAUCUCCUGCAGCGCGUUUCCAUCGAAGUGGAGAAGGCCAACAGGAACUUCAUGAUAUCGCCCUUCUCCGUGUGGUCACUACUGGUGCUACUCUACGAGGGAUCGGCGGGUAGAACUUAUGACCAGCUGCGCCAGACCCUUGGGAUCAACUUUAGCGAUGAAAAGCUACGUAAAUUCUGUAAGGUUGUGCAUCAGUUUUUGAACACCAACAUUUCCGAUGUCGAGAUGGGCAUGCUGCAGGCCGUUUACACCGGCAAGGAUUACGCUACUAAGAACAACUACCGAAACGUCAUCCAGGACUACAACAUGGAGCUUUUUGAAGUCGAUGAGGCUACGAAUCGUGUCACUCGAGGUCUCAUUCCGUAUGCCAUUCUGCCAGAGGAUAUAUAUGGGGCCAAGAUGUUUCUGCUCUCCUCGCUCUACUUCAAGGGCCAGUGGAAGUUUCCAUUUAACAAGGCUCUGACUAGAGAUGAGCCCUUUUACAGCGAGAGCGGCGAGGUUAUCGGCAAGAUACCCAUGAUGGUGCAGGAAGCGAACUUCGCCUACGUCUCCAACAUAGAGGGUCUGGAUGGCUAUGUGCUGGAGCUUCCCUAUGGAACCCAGAACAGACUAGCGAUGCUCGUGGUUCUGCCCAAACGCGGAUUCAAGUUAAACGAUGUGGCCAACAAUCUGAAGACCCUGGGAUUGCGACCUAUCCUUCAGCGGCUGGCGGCUUUCAGGGAGAGAGCCUCCGAGGACAACGAAGUGGAGGUUAUUAUGCCCAAGUUCAUUCAGUGCACUGACUUCGAACUCACGGAUAUCCUUAUCCAGAUGGGCAUUCGGGACCUAUUCGAUGAGAAGGCCGCUAACCUGGACCGGAUGUCGUCCGGAUUGUUCGCCAAGCUAGUCGUCCACUCCACCAAGAUCAUUGUGGACGAGCAGGGAACCACGGCAGGAGCUAUCACAGAGGCUGCGCUGAUCAACAAGGCAGCGCCGCCCAAGUUCCAGCUGAACAGACCCUUCCAGUACUUGAUCGUAGAGAGGGGAUCUGGCCUGAUGCUCUUCGCCGGCCAAGUUCGGAACCCCAAGGCAGCUUAAAAAUCUGAACAUGAU